UUAUAAAAAUUUGACAAUAAUUAGAACAAUCUUGUUCUCAGGAUAUUCUUGGGAAUUGUUCUUUCAUUUCCAAAAAUGGCAGUUGUAGCAGAGUGGGCCCCGUCAUUCUCGAACAUCUUCUUCUUCCUCCUGUUGGUAUAUACUGUAUAUUUUAUAUAUAUGGUUGUAGCAGAGUGAAUCAACUUCCGUGAUGACGUUGGGAAAGCCAGUUGUAGGCCGUCAACAGCGCCAUGGAGCUCGGCCUGCAGGGGGAGUAAAAAUUUUAAAUAUAUGCGCACGUAGCAUCUGCUGUACUGUUAACGGCGAGAGAUUUGAGGACGAUGGGACCCACAUAAAGAUAAAGGUACCGACUUUCCGUCCCCCAAACUCACGCGGGGAUGCCACGUGACAAUCCUGUUCCGUACCGACGGUCUGACGUGUCUUUCACUCCGUCAGUCGCCCCCGACACAUCACUUGCACACGCAAGACCCAGAACCCCUCUAAAUUCCUUUCGGCUCCCCUGCAACUUUUCCAUUCCCGAUACUCAAAGCAACCCAUACGGUUUCAGACUCAGAUUCUCAAGCAACGAAUUCCAAUUCGAUUUCCAAUAGUCGAGCAGCCAGACGCGUAAAAAAAACAAAAACAGACCAGUAAAAUCAAACCGAAAUGACGACCGGAGGGGAGACGACUGGAGGUACUGGAAUGUCGCGAGAGACGCAGAUGUCAAUUGCUGCUUCCUCGAUGUUCCCGGGGUUCAGAUUCUCGCCGACCGACACCGAGUUGAUCUCUUACUACUUGAAGAAGAAGAUCGAGGGUUUAGAGAACUGCGUCGGGGUGAUUUCUGAGAUCGAGAUUUGUAAAUACGAGCCCUGGGACUUACCUGCAAAAUCCAUCAUAAAGUCAGAGAGUGAGUGGUUUUUCUUUUGUACUCGUGGAAGAAAAUACCCAAAUGGAUCACAAAGUAGGAGAGCAACUGAAAUGGGAUAUUGGAAAGCCACUGGCAAGGAACGCAAUGUAAAAUCAGGUUCUAGUAUUAUUGGAACAAAGCGAACUCUGGUGUUCCAUGUAGGCCGUGCCCCGAAAGGGGAAAGAACGGAAUGGAUUCUGCAUGAGUACUGCAUGAAAGGGAAUUCCCAGGAAUACGACAUGGGAUUAACUCGAAAGCUUUGGCCUGAACUGAUCACUAGUAUUAAUUUGCCAUUCUUUAUUGCAAACUUGAAGGACUCUCCGGUUGUUUGCCGCCUUAGGAGGAAUAGCGAAUUCCGUCAAAAUAGCAGCUCAAAUCAGGCUUCGGCGAGUCUAACACAACUGUCACCUUUGCAUCCCAGCAGCUAUGCAAUCUCGGAAGGCAACACCGACCAGACAGGGAACUCUGAAGGAGAUAAGAUACUUGAAUGGUUUUCUAAGAAGUGUAGUAGCAGUUAUGAUUCUCAUUCCACAGAGCAAAUUGAUUCAGCAUCUGAAUCUGAGCGCAAACAUUUGAACGAGGUUACAGCAUCUUGCAGCCACCCAAAAGAAUCUGAUGAUGAAGAUUGGUAUGCUGAAAUAUUGAAAGAUGAUAUAAUAAAGCUAGAUGAAUCUUCACUACUUACUCCUGCUCCGCCGCCGGUGGUUGCCAGUAAGUACGAGCCUGAGAAGAAAUAUGAAGUGGCAGUAGGAGCAGUAGCUUCAACUGCAGUUGCUUAUAGCAAUGAGAACACCAUGCUUAAAUUCAGGAAGCCAGCGGAAGUGGUUUCGCAUGCAGAGGCACCGGAUGAUGAGAAAUCAAAAUCAAAAUCAAAAUCAAAAUCAACAUCAAAACCUUCCAUUUUAGAUAAACCACCGUUCUGUUUAAUCAGUAUAUUGUCAGGCGGGAGGGUAAAGCGACUGCAAUUGUAUGUUGUUUUCGUAGUUGUUUCUUUGCUGGCUUUGAUUCUGAUUCUUUCCUCUAGGAAGCUCGGGGCGGGUGCAGGCGACCAUGUUCGCUUUCUGUAAACUACAUACCAUAGUUUUCUUUUCUUUCUUUUUCUGGGUCGGUUCUCCUGGUUGCCAAUCGAACAAAUCAAGAACCCUCAUAUACUGUUAUAAUAUAGGUAUAAUCGGCUUGUUCAAACAGUUUAUAUGGGCAUUAAGUUCUUGGAGAGUUCGACAGAGCUAUGAACUUCAAUCA